AUGCCCGUUAGCGCCGCCAAGCCGGCGCCGCGCAUCCUCGAGGAGUCGAACGAGCACCCGGGCGACGGCACCUACCGCUUCCGCUUCGUCUCGGAGGACGAGAUCUCUCGCGAGGAGGAGGGCGCGGCCGGCGCGGCGAGCGGCUCCUUCAGCUACACCUCGCCGGAGGGAGCCGCCGUCCAGGUGUCGUACGUGGCCGACGCGCUGGGCUUCAGGCCCCAGGGUGCCGCGCUGCCGACGCCGGUGCCGACGCAGUACCCGACGCCGUCGGUGCCGUUGACCGAGCCCCCAGCAGCUCGUAGCUGA